CACGGCAGCCAGAGGAUUGUGGGAUACCUUUGUAAGAAGCGGGAAAGAGGAAACUCGGUUUGAACAGCGUAGUUCGAAAUGUAAUCAGUUAGCCUACUAGCUAUCCACUCAAGUAUCAUUUUUAGCUUUCUGUUUCAGGGAACACGCUCGAACGUUUGCCUAACUGGCUGUUUCUCACCAUAGAGCUAGCUGGCUUCCUAAAAUGAGAUCUAGAGAAACUGCGGAUGGUGGACCUAACAAGGCAUCGUGUAAAAGAAACCGUGUGGUGAAGAAGUCCCGCUCCUCAGACGGGCGGCCGCUGUUUGGGAAGUGUUUCUACCUGCACCUAGUGUCCAACAAGAAAGCUGAAUCGUUGGAGAAGGACAUCAGACUGCUAGGAGGGACUGUCGAAAAGUUCUUCAGCAAGGAGAUAAAGUACGUCGUAUCAGAUAAGAAGGAUGCCAAGUUUGUCCAGUGCCUGGGAAGGAACUCGCCGGUGGCCAGCCCAGACUCGGCUCACAGUUCCCCCCUACCCAAACAGAGGAGUCCAAAAGGGAGCUCUCAGGGCCUCACGGAUGCUGUGGUUGCAAGUAGGGGAAAGUCUUUGGUUGAGAGAGUAAUAAAGGAACAGGAGAGGGUACAGAUCAACAGAAUUUUAUCUAAUGCCUUGAAGUGGGGAGUCAAAAUCCUGCAUGUUGAAGAUAUAAUCUCCUAUGUUGAAAAACAGAAGAGAAAUCUCACUUCAAAGAGUAAAGCCGUGUCUGCUUUAAAGAAUGAGACUAAAACCAGCUCUACCCAAAGAGGUGCUUUUCAGAAACAUGAUGCUGGGAGGAUCAACCGACCUUUUGUAAAAGUGGAGGACUGUACCAGGCAGUAUAAGCCGAUCUACCUGUCCAUGCCAUACCUGCCUGUGUUCAAUUUCACGACUACGCCCCCCUGCACGCCAUUUUAUGUGGACGAUUAUGGCAAAGGCCAUGGAAAGAAAAUUAAGGAACGCAGGCUUAAAAACCCGAAAUCUGCAGGAAGUCAGGACGGCGACAGUGUUAGACCUCUCAAGGUGAGGGAGAAGAAGCUUGGAGGAUACUGUGAGUGCUGCCGGGUGAAAUACGCAGCUCUGAGGACGCACCUUGGCACAGAGCAUCAUAAAGCCUUUUCCAAGACUGACGCCUACGAUGUUGUGGACCAACUCAUCUCAGGGAUGGAGUUUGAUGUUACCGAGAUCAAACACAUGAAAAGGGGAGGGUGCAGUGUUUCCUCUGCUGUCCAAGUUUCUGUGCCAAAACUGGCCCUGCGGGAUAGGAGAGAAGUGAGUCCGCCAAGGCUCCAGGACACCGGAGGCGGCCAUGCUUUUAAGGGAGCCUCCUGUUUGGCUUCCACCUGGGAGCCCUCAGCCUCCUGUAGGCCAAGGAAGCGCAGCAGUGAGGCUCUCCCUGGCGGCUGUGGCCCCAAAAUGGCGCAUUCCCAUAGACGUGAGAGAACACGUGUGCUCGGGCCGGCAGUCGCAGCGCAACAGGGCAACUGCCCGCGUCAUUUGGCACAAAGUAGCACCUCUGACAAAACUCUCACGUCAGCCUCUGGACAGCUGCUUGACAACAACAUGGCAGUAAUAGGACAUAACAGGGAGGAGACGGCAGUAAGGAAAGCCAACAGAAAUGAUUCUGUUUCACUGGACACUGCUGGCGGUUUACAUCUUUCCUGUGUGGUCAGUCGCGGUACGACGAGCACCGACCACACGGAUGCGGCAAGGACUUUGCAGAACAGGGUCCAGAUGGCAAGAGCGACGUGCGAGGCAGUGACUCUGUGCGCCACGAGCAGCGAUCUCAGUGAAUCGCAGUGCCCCCCUGACGAGGAACUGCAAAGGAAGGUCUGCAGUGUCAGAAGGCGCCGGAAAACUGUCCGAGCUUCAGAGGGACCCGUUAAAAAUGCGGAAUCCUUAAGUGGUGUGAGUUGGCAGCUCUUUCAGUCCAGCGAAGACAUGGAAUGGGAUUUCAAGGGUUUUGAAAUCUAGUAACAGCACUUUGGAAGUUCUGAUAGUGGCCUUACCUCUUGUUUAUAUAUAUAAAUUCAUAUAUAUAAAUAAUAUAUUUAUGUUUAUACAUAAAUAUAUACAAAUAUAUAAUAUAGACACGCACACACAGUCAAAUUAUUUGAAUAGCGGUACAGACAUUGUUGAAGGCUGCUCCCCUGCUGUGUUUGACAGGGCUGCACUUCUUGUUCUGUUUGGUCAACUGAAUGUCUGUCGAUCAACUUAUACUGGCAGGAAUGACUGCUCCUGUAUUCCUGUACGGUGAAUUAUUCAUGCCAGUGUUUCUCGAUCCUGCCUUCUGGGACCCACAGACAGUCCGUGUUUUUGCUCCCUCUGAGUUCCCUGCCUGACGGUCCACAUUUUUGCUCUCUCCCGGGAGCAAAAGCAUGGACUGUCUGCAUGUCCCUGAGGAUUAGAUUGGGAAAUUCUGAUUUAUGGUGCUGGUAUCAGACAUGGAAUAUGGAAAUCGAACCAGUGUGAUCUCAAUGUAACCAUGUGAAAUUACUGUAUGAAGUUGUUUGAAUGUCGUGCUCUUGAAUUAUGGCAGAUGCUUGAAAAAAAUUUUUUAAUGAAUAUCUAAAAGGAGAAAACCACGACGGUGUGUGUAUUGUGUGUGGUGCAGAGGUUAGGUAAUUAAAAAUGGACAAUGACCUCUCCCCUGGUUCGUGAGAGACGGGCCAGCAAACCAAACUGGCCAAAAUGAGGCCACUGCUUCUGAGAAUUAGGCUAUGGCUUUGACCUGAUUACCCCAAGUCAGCUUUUUCUUACCCAUUAUUGUCAUAAAAAAUACAUGUGCGCAGUGGCUACGGGGAGGUGGGCCCCUGCGUUUCCUUGUGCACUGCACCCUGGUGCUGACCGGUGGGGUCGCGCCCUCCAAGGCUGUCAGUCUCCAGUGUCGGUGCUCCGCUUCGAUGGCCCAACCCAGGCAGGAAUGCUUGCUGCCAUCUGUAGAAUAUCCAAGUGUAUUAGGCGUGUUCCUUGUGAUAACAUGAGUUCUGAGACAUGCAUUAUUCAGUUCAGUAAAUUAAUUAUAUU